AUGGCUUCAAGCCAACCUCAACCCAACGGCGUCACAGCCCCAGCCAAUGCACCUCAACCCCCUCCAAACGCGCAAUCGACCACAGCUGCGCCGCCCGGCGCCCCGCAACCCCCAGCUCAAACUCCCGGUACCGCGGACCCCCGACCUCGCGAUGCCCGACUGAUCGAACUCCUCCUCACCUCUCAGGGGGUGACAGCGUACGAACAACGAGUUCCGCUGCUCCUCCUCGACUUCGCAUAUCGCCACACAUCCUCCAUCCUCAACGACGCGUUACACCUCUCGGGCGAUCCAUACGUCACCCAAGCGGGAUCGAAGCCUUCCGCGGCUUCAGGCGCAUCAGCGCUCGCGGCAGGCGAUGCGCCCAUCACAGCAAACGGCGUAAAGCUCGCCAUUGGUGCCCGCUUGGGGUAUCAGUUCCGCGGAGGAAGCAGCGGAGGCGGCAUCAGCAAAGAUUACAUGCAAGAACUUGCCAGAGAACGAAACAAGGUGGCCUUGCCGAGGAUAGUCCCCAACGAAUGGGGCGUCCGGCUACCGAGCGAGCGGUUUGUUCUUAGUGGGACAAGCUGGGGUCUCAAGGACAUGUGGGAUGAGGCCGACGACGAGGACGAGGAAGAGCAACAGCAACAGGGCGGUGACGCCAUGCAAGGUAUCGAGGCGCCAGAGCCCGAGGAUGUCGGCGGCGACGGAGUGGAGGGGGGCACCGUGGAUGAUGUUUUUGGGGACGAUGUGGAUGAAGAGAUGGCCGAGUAG